AGUUCAUAGAUUCGACACAUGAGAUGGUGAAGAGGAAAGACGAUGACAUGUCUAAGCCUGGCUGCCUAUAGAAACAGAGAAUUUCAUAGAACACACGAGGCAAGAAAAAAAGAAUGAAGUGCUCAAAUGCAGGGUGUGGUUUGGUGGGGCAAGGGAAUUUCUGCCAGUCGUGUGGCAGCAAUAUGGUCCCCGACACUCCGGCUAGCACAACGAUUAUAUGUAGUGGACAACUGAAUGGUCAGCCUUGUGGAGCAGAAAUCUUGCCAUUGCAGAACUUUUGUAUAAAAUGUGGAGCCAAGGUUGACCAGAGCUUGUUUACGGCCUUGUUGGGAGCAUGUACAAGAUGCGGGACUGUGUUGAGCCCAGAGUGUAUCUUUUGUGCACACUGUGGCUUCCAGAAGGGCGAAACAGCUCCCAUGAAAUUGAAUGCUGAAGGAAGUGCUUCAUGCACAGGAGACAGCUUAUUGGAGUCUGAACAAGACUCAUCACCGGCAGUGUCUUCUGGAGGUGACGGUAAACAUCAAGAUUGUAGUAUUGCUGCCGGUAUGAAUACUCCUGAAGUACUUGCGGAGACAGUCACAGAUAAGGAAACAAUAAAGGACUCUCAAAAUGGUCUUGAGACUACUGCAAGCAAAGAUGCACUUGCAGCGUCAAUGGAGACAGUCACAGAUAAGGUAACAAUUAAGGACUCUCAAAAUGGUCUUGAGAUUGAUGUAGGAAAAGAUGCACUUGUAGCAUCAAUGGAGACAGUCAAAAUCACAGAUGAGAAAACAAUAACGGAAACUCAAAAUGAUCUUGCUAAUGUUGCAGGCAGGGAUACUCCCGAAGUUAUUGCUGAGACGGUCACAAAUGAUGAAAAAGUAAACCAAACUUUAAACGAUCCUAACACAAUUGCAGACAAGGAUACUCCUGACAAGGGUACACUUGCUUUGUCAGUGGAGAAAGUCCCAGACAAAGACAAUAUGUAUGAGUCUCAAAAUGAUCUUGACACUGCUAAAAGCAGCGAUACUCCUAAAGUACUAGUAGGGACAAUCUCGGAAGAGGAAAAGGAAACAGACACUCGAAGCGAUUUUAACGCUGCUACGGGAAAAGAUACUCCUGAAAGUACUAGUGAACACAAUCACAGAUGA